AUGGCUAAUGUGGGUGAAAGACAGAUUAUACCAGAAAAAAGAUUUGUAGAAGCAAUAAAUCGUCAAGCAUAUCAGUAUGAAAUGGGUGACUUUCCAACAGAAUGGGAAGCAUGGAUAAGAAAAAAAAGAAAUGAUCCACCCACCAUUGAGGAGAUUCUUAAGAAUGAGAAUUACAGGGAAGAAAUGAAACAGAAAAUCAAAGAUGUAUCUGAAAAGGAUAAGCUGCUUCAGGCCAAGGAGUACAAGGAGGGACUUGUUGCUGAACCAGCUCAUACUCGUGUCAAAGGCCAUGCCUCUGCCCCCUACUACGGGAAGAACGAGCCUUCGGAAGACCCAACCAGCACUGCCAGUACCUUCCAGCCAGGCUCCUGGAUGCCCCCGGGCAGCGGUAGUAGCCAGAGCAGAUAA